UAGCUUCACCUCUAUACCCAUUUCUACACUCAACGGUACGAGUAUCAAAUCUUUAACGGUGUAAACAUGGCCACUGAAAAGGCACCUUAACUUAUUAACAGUUUCUGACAGCUGAAAAUAUUCUUGUAACGAUGAGCGGCAUCCUUAAACUGUACAAAAGACUAUUAGCAAAAUUCCCGUUAUAUGUUCAAUCAGCCCAAGCUGGCAUUCUAAUGGGAACUGGUGAUCAAAUUGCUCAGAACUUCGUCGAACAACGCAAAUUCAAGGACCUAGAUUUCAACCGCAGCUCACAGUUUGUUUGUAUUGGCUCUUUCCUGGCAGGUCCUACAACGUCAAUCUGGUAUAGAAUUUUGGAAAGAAAUAUUGGAUCUAAAAGUUCAACAGCUGCUUUGAAAAAGGUACUGUUAGAUCAAGGAUGUUUUGCACCUUUCUUUAUAACAGUAUUAUUAACAGUUAUUGGAAAGUUGCAAGGAAAGGAUUUUGAAGGAAUAAAACGAAAACUGAAAAGUGAUUACUUCGACAUAUUGUUCAAUAAUUACAAGCUGUGGCCCAUGGUUCAAUUAGCUAAUUUUUAUUUCAUUCGGUUGGAAUACCAAGUGUUGGUAGUACAAUCGGUCGCUAUAUUCUGGAAUACGUAUAUCUCAUAUAGGACAAACCGGGAUGUACAACCUCAUAACAAAAGUACAUAACUCAUCAGAGUUGAUGAUAAAUCUUAUAACAAAGGUAUCGUUUUGAUCGUCUCUACUCUCGUGUAGGUAUUUUUAUGAUUACCCACUAUAAUCACGAUUGUGAAACAUGAGUAUUCUUUUAGAUGGGACUUUUAGCUAAUAAUUAAACAUAGUUUAUGGAACAUUUUUGCAAAAUAAUAUCGAAGAUAUGGCUAUAAUUAAUUGUCUGAGCUUUAACAAUAUGAGAUGGACUUCCUCCCCACGUGUUCAUAUCACAAAUUCGUCCAUUUUAAUUUUUAUCACAAAUACGAAUAAUAUAAAAUAUAAAAAGUCAUCGAAUGUUACGAAGUAGGUGACGAAAGGUGAAGGGGUAUUUGCAGCCUUUGUCAACCAUUAGACCAUUCUUGAAAAACAACCUGUUCUUUGCAAUAUGGAAACCAACUGGAAACCGGUUGUAUCCCAACCUGGGAUUACCUGUGCCUACAAUACGUAUGGGUGCACGAAUACGCAUAAUGUGGUUUGAUGGACAGUUUCAAAUCGUUCUGUUGAAACGCGUCUAUUGACGCUCAUUAGCAUGUAUGGAACUGAUGUCAUCUGUGAAGGAUCGAACGAUACAGAAGCUGCUAUUCUACAUGCAACUAGACUAUAAAUGAAUAUUACAAGUGUAUUGAUAUUUCAAUAAUAAGAUUGUAAAAGAAACUUCGAAGUGCAUAGGUAUAAAUAUGCCCAUUAUUACUAGCAUGACGCACAUAAAUAUUGAGGCAAUAAACAUUUGUAUAGUUACACAGUCAUAAAAAAUGUCAUGAAGCAAGGUGUGGAGAAAUAAAUGAAGUACAUUUUUCCCUAA